AUGGUGACGGCUAAUAUGAUACAAGCGAACAAGCAGAGGAUGGUGUCCUCUGACUUGCCAGUUAUAGAUCUCUCAGGGAAGAGGGAGACAGUGAGGAAACUGAUGGUGAAUGCAUGUGAGGAAUUUGGUUUCUUUAAGGUGAUCAACCAUGGUGUGCCUGGAGAAAUUAUUGACAAUGUUGAGAAGGAAAGCAAGGAAUUCUUCUCUUUAGCGGCUUCCGAGAAGCAGAAGGCUGGGCCUCCCAAUCCUCUGGGAUAUGGAAGCAAGAAAAUUGGGAGCAACGGUGACACAGGCGAUCUUGAAUUUCUUCUCUUCCAUGCAGAUCCAACAUCCAUCUAUGAAAUAGUCAGGAAGGUCAGCAGCAAUGACUCCAACAAGUUUAGUUGUGUGCUAAGCGAGUAUGUGAAAAUGAUAAGGGAGCUUGCAUGUGACAUACUGGAGUUACUAGGAGAAGGACUAGAGCUUGAGGAUAAGAAGUUCUUCAGUAAGCUCCUAAUGGACAGUGAGAAUGACUCUCUCAUAAGAUUAAACCACUAUCCUUCCUAUGAUAGCAGUGCUGACCAAGGGUUGACCAUCAUAAAGAAUAAGGAUGACAAAGGUUCAAGGGUUGGAUUUGGCGAGCAUUCUGAUCCUCAGAUUCUCACCAUACUUAGAUCGAACAAUGUCGAAGGUUUGCAAAUACAAUCACCCUUAGAUGGCAAUUUAUGGAUCCCAGUUAAGUCGGAUUCCUCAGCAUUCUUCAUCAAUGUUGGUGAUGCUCUGCAGGCCAUGACAAAUGGAAGGUUUGUGAGUGUGAGGCACAGGGCUAUGGUAACGGCACAAAAAUCAAGACUGUCCACAAUGUUUUUUGCUGCACCUUCACUCCAAUCAUGCAUCUCGCCUCUGCCAGAGAUGGUCACACAUGAGAAUCCUCCGAGAUAUAGGCCGUUCACUUGGGCAGAGUACAAAAAGACAAUGUACUCGCUCAGGCUUGCUACUAACCGGCUUGAGCUUUUCAAAUCUGAUUGCUAG